AUGUGCAUGGCGCUCGUACCUAAGCAUCUUCGGCACAACAAGCUUGGUGCCAAGGCGGUGUGGGCCGUGCACUUGGGCAUGGCUCAAAACAGCAAGGGGUGGCUUCUUUGGGACCCAUUCACCAAGAAGUUCAUGGUGAGCAGGGACUGCAAGUUCAUGGAGAACUUCAUGUACAAGGAUUGGAAGGCGGAGAAUGAGGCGAAGAUAGGCGUGCGGUUUGGAGAGGUGAGGAGUUCCGGGUUGGAACACAUGGAGCUGCCUUUAAAGCUGAGCAGCGGCAGCACCACCACGAGGCAAUCUUCCCUUGUGAAUGGGGGAGAGGAGGCCAAGGAUGCAGAGGAAGAAGAGGAGGAGGUGCAGCAAGUGAGUGAGCGUGCACCGACACUUCCCUCUCGCACUACGAGCGCUCCACGGAACCGAACUACACCACAGCAACGCCAAGGCCUUCAAGUCCCUGCAGCUGAGGAGGAAGGAAGGGUCAAGAGGAAAGUCCAACCCCCUAAGAGGCUGACAUAUGAUGCGCCGGGAGAGCCGGGCAAGACGGCCCUAGCUGGAGCGGCAAUGAUGGUCGGAGACGACGAGGAGAGCGACUACGAGGAGUGUGCCUUCGCGUUCUUCUCUCCGGUGGAGAUGCCGGGAGAACCAGCAACUCUCAAGGAAGCCUUGGAGAGUAGUGAUGCUGAGGAGUGGAAGAAGGCCAUGGAGAGUGAGCUGAAGAGCAUAAAGGAGAACGACACGUUUGAGUUGGUGGAGCUACCGGAGGGGCGUACGGCGAUUACGUCCAAGUGGCUCUUCAAGAUCAAGUCCGACGCCGACGGAAAGAUCGAGCGCUACAAGUCUAGGCUGGUGGCCAAGGGGUACCAGCAGAAGGAGAAUGUGGACUACAAGGAGCUGUUUGCUCCUAUGGUGAAGCCGACGACGCUGCGAACCCUACUCGCGGGAGCCGCGAUCAAAGGUUGGGUGGUGAAGCAGCUAGACAUCGUAACGGCUUUCCUUAACGGAAUCCUCGAGGAGGAGAUUUUUAUGGCGCAGCCAGAGGGGUUUGACGACGGCAGCGGCAGGGUGUGGAAGCUGAAGAAGGCCCUCUAUGGGCUGAAGCAGGCCCCUAGGCAGUGGUACCUGAAGCUGCGCGAAGUGUUGGAGGAGAUCGGCUUCACUCCCUCAACGGCCGAUCACAACUUGUUGAUGCUUGGCGAGGGGGAGCAGAGGAGCUUCAUGGUGGUGUACGUGGACGACAUCCUGAUCUUCUCACCCUCCUCUGACCUUGUGAAGGAGGUGAUGCUGAAGCUGCAAGACAAGUUCAAGUGUAAUUCCCUUGGGGACGUGAACUUCUACCUCGGGCUUCACAUCGAGCGUGAUGUGGAGAAGCGGUGCAUGCGAGUGCACCAAUACAAGUACCUGGAGGCUUUGGCUGCCAAGUUUGGGCAGAAUGAAGGCCAUGUGGCUACACCCUUUCCCUCUGGGUUCAAGUGUGUGAAGGGACCAGAGGAGGAGAGCGUGGGUGAAGAGGAGAGGCGCCGUUUUCACUCGUUGGUGGGCAGCCUCAUGUAUGCGGCGGUCAACACUCGACCGGAUGUCGCGUUUGCUACCGGGCAGCUGGCAAGGGUUGUGCAAUGCCCUAAUGAGGAGCAGGUAGCAGCUGGAAUGAGGGUGGCCAAGUAUCUUGGCCAAACACCGACCGUUGGGCUGCAAUACUCGGCGGCGGCACAAAGGCGCCAAAAGGGCGCGGAUGGUGUGGAACCCGGGCGUUUGUUCCUCACCGCAUUCUCGGAUGCUUCCUAUGCAUCGGAACCAGAGGACAUGACAAGUGUUGGAGGGUUCAUUUGCUGUGUUGGUGGAGGUCCAACUAAUUGGGAGAGCAAGAAGCAAAUUGACCAAGCUUUGAGCUCGGUGGAAUCCGAGUACAUGGCACUCUUCCGUGCCGUACGGGAGAUUGUGUGGCAGCGGCGUUUGUUGGCUGAAUUGGGGGAGGAGCAGCAAGGACCUACCCCUCUCUAUUGUGACAGCCAGGGAGCCAUUGCUCUAGCCAAGAACCCCGUGUUGCAUGGCCUGACAAAGCACAUGAGGGUGAAGUGGCAUUGGACAAGGAGCAUGGUGGCCGCGGGUGAAGUUGAAUUGCGUUACGUGAAGACGACGGGGCAGCCAGCGGACAUGAUGACCAAGAGGCUGGUGGAGCAGCAGCAUUGGAAGUGUUGCAAGCUGGCUGGGAUGGCUCUGAACUGA